UGAGAAACGAGUCCGACAGGUAGAAAAAGAACAAAGCAGGAGGCAAAGCAGAGCAAGAGGAAAGGUUUGCAGUGAAGACGAUUCUUCUACCCAUGAUUCUUUUUGAGACAACAUGGAAGGGACGACAGCAUUGAGGAUUGUCUUGGUGGGGAAAACUGGAAAUGGCAAGAGCAGCCUGGCUAACACCAUCUUUGGAAAAAACGUCUUCAAACUUGAAGACUUAAAUGAGACAGAGAUGCUUGAGUCUGGGGCAAAAACCCAACUCGUUAAUGGAAAGAACCUCACUUUGAUUGAUACUCCUGGUUUGUUUUACUCGGGCAGGCCUCAGACAGCCGUGAAGCUUGGGUGGAAGAGAUGCAUGCUGGAGUGCGCUCCUGGGCCUCAUGUCUUUCUGAUUGUUCUGAAAGUGGAGAAGUACACAGAGAAGGAAAAAGCUGUUGUGAAAAAAAUAUGUGAAUAUUUCUCAGAUGAUGCUCUGAACUAUGCAGUAGUGAUCUUCACCCAUGGUGACCAGCUCCCUGAAGAGAUGAAUAUAGAAGAGUAUGUAAAUCAGAGUGUCGGACUGAGGGAACUGGUACAGAGGUGUGGAGGCCGUUGCCAUGUUUUUGAUAACAGAUACUGGAACGAUGAUGAAGAUUACCGAAGUAAUAAAUUCCAGGUGCAAGAGUUGCUAAACACCAUUGACAAAAUGCUGAUUGAAAACAGUGGAGGGUAUUAUACCAAUGCAGACCUCAAUGAGACGGAGAGAAAAAUACAAGAGGAGACACAGCUUAUCAAAAGAUCACCAGAAAACCUGUCAGAUGAUGAAAUCAGACAACAGGCAAUAAGGAUCCUUUUACAUAGGCAAAUGUUUGGCACUUUCCAGUUUCAGAUGGAAGGUUUGUUUACUUUAGCCCUCCCAAUAAUAAUUACUUUACCGCUUUUUGGAGAGAGAUUAACAAAAGGACCUCUUUCCUGUCCUGAUAUGAUAAGUCCAGCUCUUGAUGUGGCAGAGUUAGCAACACCACUUAGUAAAGCAGUUGAAGAUAUAACUGAGGCAGCCGUAAGCCUUUCCUUACCAGCCAGUGGCAUAGUGCAGGUAAUGGAAGAGGCAGUCCCAAAUGCAUUUGAGGAAAUCUGUAAUAGACUCACAGCUCUGUUUGAAUGGACAUAUAACCCCUUUAGUCCAUUUGAAUAAAACACUAAGGAACAAUCAAAUGCAUUUGCUUCAUCUCUGUUGUCCAUCUGGCUUGAAGCAGUCGGACUGUGUUUGUAAAAUGUAUAUUUUGGUUCCAUGUAUAUGUUAAUUGAAGAGCAGAUAAUACAUUUUAUUUAUAUUAUUGGGUGAAGUAGACAAAAAAGAGAAAGAUUAAUGGAAACACCUUUCUGUCUUACAGUUUCUUUAACUUUUUGUCAAAGAGAGGGGAUGUUUUCUUUGCUGUUAGUGUUCCUUACAAAUUUUUUGGAAUUCAAGGUAAAACAUUUUACAUACCAAUUUCAUAUUAUACAGCU